AGCUCCCCGACUUCCAAUCACUCAUCCGCUGUGAUCCCGAAGCCUUCACGCGCAACCAUGAAGACACUCGCCGUAGUUUUAGCAGCCCUGGCCUUGGCCAGCGCAUCGGUCAUCGACUUCCGGUACAUGAAGCGCGUCGAAGAGUUGGACAUUUUCUGGGAGCAGCUGGACCCUCAGUUGCAAGUGUUGCGACCAUCCCCCGAGGAACGCAUCGUCAACGGCCAGGAGGCUCAGCCGAAUCAGUUUCCGUAUCAAGCUUUGGUGCUGAGCUUCUUCGAGGGUGACAAUUCCGGUUUGUGCGGCGGUACCAUUCUGACUCCAAACUUUGUGAUGACUGCAGCCCAUUGUGUGCAGAUCGGAACUGUGGCCACUCACGGUACGGUGGUGUUGGGAGCUCACAACCGCCAGGUGGUCGAAGCCACUCAGCAGCGAUUCAACUUUGAUCAAAUAAAUGUGCACCCAAGCUACAUCGCUGCGCUGCUGCGUAAUGAUAUCGCCACUGUGAGACUGUCUGCCCCAGCCGUGUUCAACGAAUUUGUUCAGCCAAUUGAUAUUCCGGCCCUGUCGGACUCCAGGACGUUUGCUGGUAUGACUGGAAUCAUUUCCGGCUUUGGACGCACCUCGGAUGAAACUGGAUCUCCUGCCAGCGAUGUUGUGAUGUACUCGACCAACCCAAUCCUGACCAACGCCGAUUGUGCGGCUUUGUGGAAUUCGAUCAUAAUUGGUGCGCAGAACAUUUGCUUGUCCGGUGCUGGUGGACGGUCCGUGUGCAAUGGCGACUCCGGUGGUCCGCUGGCCGUACAUGAGAUUGGCCGUAGUCUGCAGGUCGGUAUUGCAUCGUUUGUUCACGUGAACGGAUGCGCCUCGGGAAUGCCGUCUGGAUUCGUGCGGGUGUCUCACUAUCUGCAAUGGAUCGCUGAUAACAGUGAUGUUGUGCUGCGAAAUUAGAAUAAGAACAUUUCUGACGGUGGUAUUGUAGAACAUAAAGAAUGACUGAGGAAUAUACUUAACGAAUUACAAUUAUAAA